AUGGGAGGGGAUGAAAAAGGAAGAUUCAUCUUUGUCCAUACUCUCUCUCUCUCCCUCCCUGUACAAAAGAAAAUUUUGGAAGUGAAAAGAUUUCUUCCUUUUUCCCGGGCUAGAGGGUCAUUUUCGAAUAAGAGGAAAGUGCAAUGUAAAGUACAUGGCCAGUUUUAUGCGGACAAGACAUCGUAUCUUGAACAUCCGAUGCCUGUUCCCAAAAAAACUCCAAACUCGCGAGAUUAUAGAGGUAUGGAGCCUGGCCCGAUAGAGGCCACUGUUUUGAGCGGACAGAAACGGCAUCGGUCCACUUCAGUAUGGUCUACUGGGUCGGGUGCUGAUUCUACUACCCUUACUGUUCAUCGUCGCGAGGCUGCUCUCCGACGCAUGGGUUUGCCAGAUGAUCGAAUCAUCCCUCUAGUACAGGCGGCUGGAUUUGGAGGUCUAUUUCGAGUGCCAUUCAUCCAGUUGGAUUGGCAUCUCAUUACUGCACUAGUGGAAAGGUGGCGACCCGAGACUCAUACGUUUCAUAUGAGACCUGGAGAGAUGACUAUUACACUCCAGGAUGUUAGCAUUCAAUUGGGUCUACCCGUUGAUGGUAAACCGGUUACUGGUUCUAUCAAUUAUGACUGGGACGCGUUGUGUCUUAAUUUGCUUGGUGCGACCCCCCUGCCGGGAAACGGGAUGGGGGUAAGUUGGGGAAGCGCAGCUCUAGGAUGCUUAUAUAGGGAGCUAUGUCGUGCAUCCAUUGUUGAUAAGUUACAGGUGGUGUGGCAACCAUAUCCACCUCGUGUCAUCGAUGCACUCCUGUUGUACUGUCGGGCUUGUUCAGACAUAUGGUCGACAAGUUCACCACUUAUUUGUUUUGCCAUUAUAGAGAUGCAUCAGCCAAAUAGGGUACUCCGGCAAUUUGGCAUGCGCCAACUUAUUCCAUCCCCUUCUCGGUCACUUGAUGCACCCCAUGGUGUUGAUUUGAGAGGGGGAGCGAAUAAUCAGGCAGAGACUCACGGAGCGUCAAUCGCAAUGUGGGAUAAUCGGCGAGAUCACAUUGUUCAGGGUGAGGCAUAUGAUGGUGUUAUGCAUCACGAUGACACGUAUAAGGAGUGGUAUCAACGUCACACGCGCCAAUUCAUUGGUACCCUAGGCUGCUCAUUUGAGAAAAUGGCAUAAAUUGACCUGAUUAAUUCCGUUCUCCUCUACAUUUCAAUU